CGGCCCCAGCGAUGGAUCCGCUCGUGAACUUCUCCUUCGCCUUCUCCACCCCAUCCUCUCUGGAGCCCAACCGCACCCUGGGCGCUGAGGACCUGCGCCCCGGCCCACCCCUGCUCUCCGUCUUCAGCAUGCUUGUUCUGACCUUGCUGGGUCUUCUGGUGGCAGCCACGUUCGCCUGGAACCUGCUGGUGCUGGCCACCAUCCUCCGCGUGCGCACCUUCCACCGUGUCCCACACAACCUGGUGGCCUCCAUGGCUGUCUCCGAUGUGCUAGUGGCCGCACUGGUCAUGCCACUGAGCCUGGUGCACGAGCUGUCCGGGCGCCGCUGGCAGCUGGGUCGGCGGCUGUGCCAGCUGUGGGUGGCAUGCGACGUGCUGUGCUGCACGGCCAGCAUCUGGAACGUGACGGCCAUAGCCCUGGACCGCUACUGGUCCCUCGCUCGCCACCUGGAUUACACCACCCGCGCCCGCAAGCGCGCGUCCAACGUGAUGAUCGCGCUCACCUGGGCGCUGUCCGCUAUCAUCUCGCUGGCUCCGUUGCUGUUCGGUUGGGGUGAGACCUACUCAGAGCACCGAGAGGAGUGCCAGGUGAGCCGCGAGCCCUCCUACGCCGUGUUCUCCACCGUGGGGGCCUUCUACCUGCCACUCUGCGUGGUCCUCUUCGUGUACUGGAAGAUCUACAAGGCCGCCAAGCUCCGUGUGGGCGCCAGGAAGACCAACAGUGUCUCGCCCUUGCCUGAAGCCAUGGAGGUGAAGGAUUCCACACAUCAGUCACAGAUGGUGUUCACGGUCCGCCCCACCACGGUGACCUUCCAGACAGAAGGGGACACGUGGCGGGAGCAGAAGGAGCAGAGGGCAGCGCUCAUGGUGGGCAUCCUCAUCGGGGUAUUCGUGCUCUGCUGGAUCCCCUUCUUUGUCACUGAGCUGGUCGGGCCCCUCUGCUCCUGGGAUGUCCCGGCCAUCUGGAAGAGCAUCUUCCUGUGGCUUGGCUACUCCAACUCCUUUUUCAACCCUCUCAUCUACACAGCCUUCAACAAGAACUACAGCAGUGCCUUCAAGAACUUCUUUUCCAGGCAGCACUGA